AAACACCCAAACGCAGCCUUAGUAAUAGGUAGAAAUUAGGAAUUGACUUUGCAGCGAAAACUCGCGAGUCAAAAAUCUUCUUACUCAACCACCCGUUACCUCCGGCUUUGCUUAAUCUCUUUGUCGUAUUCACUCGUCUUACUGUUUGAUGCCAUGGACGUGUAGCUUCACUUCAAACAACAAAAUAAAUACAAACAGAAAAAGAAAAAAAAACCCGGUGGAAAAAUUAUCAAAUAAUAAUAAUAAAAAAAAGCACUUCAUUUUAAAGCCAGGAUCUUUAUUCUUCUCCCACUUCAAAACCUCAAAAAAUUACUCUGAAGUCUAUUUCUCUUUCUGUUUCUGUAGAAGGCAUUUCUUUUGGUUCUCGCACAGAUCUGACGGUGACGUUUCUUUAAUUCAUAAGGUCAGAUCUAGCUGAUCUGAAUCCCUUGUCGUUUUAGUCACCGGCACCGAUCUUUGCUUCAAAAGAAAAAAAAUGGAGAAUUUGAUUUCUCUUGUCAACAAGAUUCAAAGAGCUUGCACGGCUCUUGGUGACCAUGGAGAGGCAAGCGCAUUGCCUACACUUUGGGACUCUUUACCAACGAUCGCCGUCGUCGGUGGUCAGAGUUCAGGGAAGUCUUCGGUGCUGGAAAGCAUUGUCGGCAAGGAUUUUUUACCGCGUGGAUCCGGAAUUGUUACUAGGCGACCUCUGGUGUUACAGCUUCACAAGAGUGAUGAAGGAAGCAGAGAAUACGCUGAGUUUCUUCAUCUUCCAAGAAAAAGAUUCACAGAUUUUGCUGCUGUUCGGAAGGAGAUUCAAGAUGAGACGGAUAGAGAAACUGGCCGAACCAAACAAAUCUCCAGUGUUCCAAUUCAUCUUAGUAUAUAUUCUCCCAACGUUGUUAAUUUGACUCUGAUUGACCUUCCUGGUCUAACUAAGGUAGCAGUUGAGGGUCAACCAGACAGCAUUGUGCAAGAUAUCGAGAAUAUGGUUCGUUCCUAUAUUGAGAAGCCCAACUGUAUAAUCUUAGCAAUUUCACCUGCUAAUCAAGAUCUUGCUACAUCAGACGCAAUUAAAAUCUCUCGUGAGGUAGACCCUACAGGGGAGAGGACUUUUGGUGUGUUGACAAAGAUUGAUCUGAUGGAUAAGGGCACAGAUGCAGUUGAUAUAUUGGAUGGAAAAUCUUAUCGGCUGAAAUUCCCUUGGAUUGGUGUUGUGAAUCGCUCACAAGCAGAUAUUAACAAGAAUGUUGACAUGAUUGCUGCUCGGCAUAGAGAGCGUGAAUAUUUUGCUAAUACGCCAGAGUAUAAGCACCUUGCUCACAGAAUGGGUUCUGAGCAUCUUGCUAAGAUGCUCUCAAAGCAUUUGGAAACUGUAAUCAAGUCCAGAAUACCGGGCAUUCAGUCUCUUAUAAAUAAAACAAUUGCCGAGCUUGAAACUGAAUUGAGUCGCCUUGGAAAGCCUAUUGCAGCUGAUGCAGGCGGUAAGUUGUACACAAUCAUGGAGAUUUGCCGUCUUUUUGAUCAAAAUUACAGAGAACAUCUGGAUGGCGUGCGUCCUGGUGGUGAUAAGGUUUACAAUGUUUUUGACAACCAACUACCUGCUGCUUUGAAAAGGUUGCAAUUUGACAAGCAACUAUCAAUGGAGAAUAUUAGGAAACUCAUUACUGAAGCUGAUGGAUAUCAACCCCAUUUAAUAGCUCCCGAACAAGGGUAUCGUCGAUUGAUUGAAUCUACUUUAAUUACUAUCAGAGGCCCUGCUGAGGCUGCAGUUGAUGCGAUUCAUUCAUUUGAAGGAUUGGUUCACAAGCCUAUAAGUGAGACUCAGUAUGAAUUAAAGCAGUAUCCUGCUCUCAGAAUAGAGGUUGGAAAUGCUGCAAUUGAGUCUCUCGACAGAAUGAGGGAACAGAGCAAAAAAGCAACACUUCAACUGGUUGAUAUGGAAUGUAGUUACCUCACAGUUGAUUUCUUCCGAAAGCUUCCUCAAGAUGUUGAUAAGGGGGGGAACCCGACACAAUCAAUAUUUGACAGAUACAAUGACUCGUACCUGAGGAGAAUCGGAACAACCGUUUUGUCUUAUGUUAAUAUGGUCUGCGCUACUUUGCGCCACUCCAUUCCAAAGUCCAUCGUUUACUGUCAAGUUCGUGAAGCCAAAAGAAGCCUGCUUGACUUUUUCUACACUGAAUUGGGUAAACUGGAGCAAAAACGACUAUCAGCAUUAUUGAAUGAGGAUCCGGCAAUUAUGGAGCGACGCAGUGCUCUUGCGAAGAGGUUGGAAUUGUACAGGAGUGCCCAAGCAGAAAUCGAUACGGUGGCUUGGUCCAAGUAAAGUGAUGACAUUUGAUUGAUGGGCAUCAUGCUACAUAAUUCUUGUAGCAUCAUUCUUUCAUUUACGAGCAGAGUUACACUGGCGAUUGGGGAAGAACGGGAAGGGCUAUUUUGUUGCAUUUCAUGAAGUCUUUCCACAAAGCAACAUCAUUUGUUGUUUUUGCUGCAUUUUUUAUUUUCUCUUGUUUUAAAAUUAUCAUUUCAAAAGGCUUUUUUUGUAUAUUUUAAAUUUUCUAAAAGUAAUCCUUUAAUUAUCGGUGAAUUAAAAUAGUUAGAAUAUUAUGUCUAUUUAAAAGGAAAAUUGCGUUAAAAUUUUUGAUAAUUGAGAAUCUCUUUU